AUGGAGAGCAAGGGUUUGAAGGUAAACACCAAGAAGACUGAAGUUAUAUCAAGAAGCAGGAGGGAUGUGGAAGUGGACAUCAAAGACAAGGACAAUGCUAGGCUUAAGCAGGUCCAAGAGUCCAAAUACUUUGGAGUGACCGUAGAUGCCAGAGGAGAGUCGCAAGUGGCUAUAAGAGUUGGAGUGGCAGCAGCAUGGAACAAGGGGAGAGAGUUGUCAGAUGUUAUCAGUGACAGGAAGAUGCCCAGGAAACUCAAGAUGAAGCUAUACAGCACUAUAAUACGACCUGUGCUCCUGUAUGUGGCAGAAGUAUGGACAAUGGGAAUACUGGAAGCGACAGAAAUGAGGAUGUCGAGAAGAAUCAAAUACGUGACACUGAGAGAAAGGGAAAGAAGUACUGAUAUCAGGAGAGAAUUGGGAGUACGUGACAUCAACGAGAAGGUCAGGGAGAUAAGAAUGAGAUGGUACGGACAUGUGAAGAGGAGAGAAGAAGGACAUCCAGCAAAAGUGGCUAUGGAAAUUAUAGUACCAGGAAGAAGGCCGAGAGGAAGACCAAAGCAGAGAUGGAGAGAUGGAAAGAGAGACUGGGAGACGGAAGACCCGGGGUGCUGA